AUGGAUUCCAGCCGAUCCGUGGAAACGUCGUCUCCUAGCAGUCAGGAUAUCGUCUUGCCGAAACCAGCGAACAGCACGCCGCGACAUAGCAUCGACGCCAUUCUAGGAAUCACGGGGCGUCAAAGGAACUUCCAGGAAAUGGAAGAUGGAGCCCGAGAUGGACACGAGAAUACCGGUGAUAAUAGCUGCAAUUCCACGGGCGGUGGAAGCGACGAGGAGGUCCUCACUGGAUGUGGGUCGGACGAUGCGAACGCUGGCAGCAGCAGCAAGAAGAAGCAUCGCCGCAAUAGAACGACUUUCACGACGUAUCAGCUGCACGAGCUGGAAAGAGCUUUCGAGAAAUCCCAUUACCCCGACGUCUACGCCAGGGAAGAACUAGCCAUGAAAGUGAAUCUACCCGAAGUACGGGUCCAGGUAUGGUUCCAAAACAGACGCGCCAAGUGGCGACGGCAAGAGAAAAUGGAGGCAGCGAGACUUAAUCUAACCGAUUACCGUCACGCUGCUACUAUAAGAAAUUUUGGAGGAUCUCCUUUGGGCUUGCCCGGGGACCCUUGGUUGACAAAUCCCGGAAUGUUGAGUGCUCUUCCUGGAUUUUUGGCGGCCCCUCAUACCGGAUAUCCGAGUUACCUGACGCCCUCUAGGAGGUUGCCCUCUCCCCCAAGUGCUGCUGCGGUAACAAAUGCAGUUCCAGGAUCGUUUGGUGGGGGUAUGACCAAUAUAGGUGACGGUGGUGGGGGUCACGUUCCACCACCUCCCAGCCCACCAGGGCACGACCCGCGAACUUCCAGCAUCCAAGAAUUGAGGAUGAGAGCCAAACAAUACGUGGAAAACAUCAAGGGUCUGCAGAUGGUUUGAAGCUUGUCUUUCCAACCUCUAAAAUCGGUACUGUCAAUGGAAUUAUGUGGAACAGUGUCAAAGUUCCUGUUCGUCCGAGAGAGUGGCAUUUACGGUGUGAUAGCUACCUAGUGAACGAGGUAAAGAAAGUGUGCCGAAGUCACAUGCCCACGAUAAAAAAAGAGAUCGAAAGUCGACCUCUCUUUCUUUCUUUCUCCGUCUAUCAAUCUCUUUCCCUAUCUCUGUCCCUCUCUGUCUUUCUCUCUCCCUCCCUCUCUUAACUGAAACAACUGUUUAAUCUUGACAUUUACGGAGUGACUGGUGUACCAUGACGAAAAUUCAACAGUAUUUUCUGAAAUGACUCAGUUGUCUGGUGGUCAGAAAAGUAUCCACCAGUUGUUGGCGUCCAUUCGAAGCUAUUGGUUGGACCACUCGUACGCGAUGUAUCGAUAAAGUUUCGCGAUAAGAACAAUGAAAUUAGCACUAAUGUCCUUUGUUCAUGAUUUCUGCAUAUAGAUCUUGGGUUAAAGAAUGUCCCAACAUAGGUCAUAAAGUUGUGUCAACGACGCUGGUCUUACGAAAUUGAGUUAAAUUCCAGUUGAUUAUGUUAGCUGGCACAAUGUCAUUGGUUCCGUCGUCUGCGAAUUAUUUUCUGCCAAAUGUACAGAGAAAAUAUCUGACUUGAAAGUAGGAAAACGCGGAACGAUCAUAAAGUGAUUUUAUGAAAUUAUAGUCCUAAUCUUGAAAUAAAAGAUAUUUUAAUUGUGACGUGUAGGUACUCUGUAAGAACCCGCCAGUGAAGGAAAUAUUUUAGUAAGAAAUUGUGCCGUAAUACAAUUUAUUCGUUUAAUCACACAAUUCAUAGACAAUGAGACGUUCAAUUCCGUUUGCUUGCUUACAAACUGUAGACUGCGUGUCUUUAAGGUAGUUCUCGAGACCUCUGACUCUAAGAAAAUAAUGAAGGAUCGAUAGUUCAAUUGCUUUAACAUGCGUUAAACACAGGAAAAUAAUAUGAUCGGUAUUUCCAACUUGCCGGAGAAUUAAUAAAAAUGAAACAACUUCGUGAACGUAUAAUAAAUGAAAAAUGGGUAUAUCGCCCCGACAUCGGGUGAAGAUAGGGUCUUGGAUC